UCUGAAAUUUCUUUCAUUCUCGUUGAAGAUGGCCGAGUGUUUGUCCGUUGUGACCAGCUGGCGUUUCGCCUUGAUGAGCAACUACCACCAUACCUGUACAGAGUUCCUCGAGAAUACGGGAUUUUUGAGCACUUGUUCAAACGCCUUGGAGCAAUGGAGGAAGCUAGCCCCGUGCAGUUUGCCAAACUCCUUAGUCGUCUCAGAGAAUCAUGUCAAGAGGAGACGAUGCAUGCUAAUGAACUUCAAGUCGCAAAACACGCUGUAUUUGGACUAUUUGUUUCUCUAAAGGCCAGAAAAGACCGCAAUGGAGAUGAUCGGCGAGACAAUCCGCUGGAUAAGAUCGAAACUCUUUACCUUCCAAGCAGAGAUCAAAAGCUCCAACGCUCUACAAACCUGGUCCUAUUUGAUUGCAUUAAGUACCAGUCUCGUAUACCACAUUCUAUGUACGAGUUCCUCGAUACAUUGAAAAAAUACAAUUUAACAUUUGCCACACCUCGCCAAAUUGUUGAGCUUCUGCCAGUUCACCUACAAGUUCAGUCCUUGGCAUCAUUAGUGAGAGAAGAACUUCAUCCAGAGUGCAGGGAUAAGAAGUGCCGGGCUGACACCGAGAAGAAAUGCCAGAAUGCAAAUGACCUCCGCCGAAUAUUGUUUUCUCCUGAGCUUGUGGAUGGCAUCUUGAGAAUCUUAAAGUUUCAGUUCCAGAAAGCUAAACUGACAGAGGAUGUCCGUAACAACGUUCGCAGUUUUCAAAAGGAGCUAAGCAUAAGUUGCAUGGAAGAGCUGUCCACCGAGCUAGUUGAAAAUGGAACUAAUACUCGAAUUUCAGAGAGUCGUAGAUCAAAGCACAUGGAUUGUUUUGUGGAGCAAGAGGCAAAUGGCAGAAAGCACAUUUUCAUCAAACAUGGAGUAGAUCCUAAUGAGGUGCGCAGAGUUCUCUGUAAAGAGAUAAACCAGCUGACGGGGUGUCAAAUUGAUAACGAGAGCUGGUUGCAUCUGCAAGCUAUUCUAGAAUGCAAGUCACCUGAUCGCAUUUCUUCCGUGUUGGACAACGCGAGCGUCUCCCAGGACGCGGAAGCAGGUGACACCCCACACUUGGAACCUGAUCUUGGCUCAGAGGUACCAGAAGAGCUCCACGAACUUCUGUUACAGUAUGACGACUUUUAUUUUCGACCGGGCGAAUUUGUUGCAUUUGAAAGAGAAGACUCCACUGACGACGAACCGAAGUACAUAUAUGCACAAAUCAUUCGCAAGCUUAACACGCCGAAUCUUGCUAAAUCAAAAAAGGACAAGACAAAGAGAAAACAGAGAGGAGAGAGCAACCUUCUUAGCAGGUAUCUUAUAGAUAUCGGCAGUGAGAAGAUAGAGGUGGAUGUGCUAGAUCUCUACAAGAUCAAACGACCACGACCGAUUCACGAGGAAGAAGACAAAGAAAUGGAGGAGGAAUCUGUCUCAGACACAAUGGAACUUGUGCCUUAUGCAGGAAGCAGUGGCCAAAAUACAGGGGAAGCAAGAGCGCAAUCAUCAACAUCUUCCCAAGGUGCAAACGAACCUCCCAAGCCAAGAACGUUGGAAAACGCCUUAAAAGAAGUGAGAAAAGCUUUGGCUGAAAUUCGUAAACUUCCGGAAGACAAACAGAAAAAGGCAAUUAGACGUCUUUUCCUUCGAUGGCACCCUGACAAGAACAUGGACAUGCAAGAAAUUGCAAAUGAAGUGAUGAAGUUCAUACAAAACGAGGUCGAAAAGUUCUCAAAAGGUGGAUCAGGAGGCCGUGAUGAAGGGUUCGCAAGGGCGCAGCCAGAUUUUUCAGACUUUUUUAGGCAGUGGUAUCAAAGAGGUCGAAGACAACGCUCAAGCUACGAGAACUUCCGUCGAAAUAAUCCGAGAUUCACUGGUUUCACAUCACACUCCAGGAGACGUUACACGGGACCCGACGCACGCUUGUCCAAGAUGUGGAUGCGUCAAAGCAAAGAGGAUCUCCGCUCUGUUGAACAUCUCUUGGCAGCCCGAGAUCCACUGUAUUACCUUGUCUGCUUCCAGUGUCAUCAAGUUGCAGAGAAAGCUCUCAAGGCCGCACUAUACGCCUUCUCCGGAAUCGUGGACAGGCAGCUUAAUACUCACGACUUAGUUCAAUUGGCCUAUGAUCUGUCGUUGCUGCGAGGAGCACCAGAUGUCACUACAUUGGUGGCUAGGCUGUCCGACUACUACGACACCACUCGGUACCCCGACAAACAGGUGCCACCUAAGGUUCCUGCUGAUGUGUUCCAAGAUUCUCAGCAAGCGCAAGAGGCGUUCAGACUCGCCAAAGCAGUGCUGGCUGCAAUAGAACCGUUUGUAGGCGUUUAAAAGACCGCUUUGUUUUCCGACUGCUUAAUAGUCUUAUUCAAGUCGCAACAGACAACUCGAAAAUCAACAAAGUUGUAUCAUCACUUUUGAUUUGUCUUUUAUAAGAAACGGAUUUGUAGCAGUUUAGGUUAGGAACGAAACCUUUUUUAAAGGACCUUGAAAUAGAUGUUAUUUUCCGUGUCCGAAGAAAAACAGCAGCCAGUAAAUUUACAAGUGGCAUAGAAUGAGAAACUGGACUUGAUCAUAAAAUAUUAACCCUUGGUAAACCUCUGAUCAGUGUAGGCUACAUGUAGAACGAUUUUGCUUUGAUGCAAAUAAUUCAUUACAAGGUUUGCAACAGAAACAUUGUCAGUACGUCUUAACUGUGUCUGUUGCAUUCAUGGGAUAGGAGGAUAUGUAAUACUCAUGAUAAUUUUAGCAAUACUCAGUACGCUCGAGCCAAUCAAGUUUGUUUGCCGAGCAUUAUAGUUGUGAAAGUAUUCAGAGUGAACAUCCUCUUCUCGACAGGAAAGGUUACGUUAAGGAAGUAAUCGUACAACUGCUUUUUUUUAAAUCGUUACUAAUAGCUUGUUUUGGUCGGUUUUGUAACACUUAAAGUCUCUUCGAGGCAGACAGGCAAGCAUCAACAGGCUUUGGUACAGAAAAGGGAAUAGGAUUAGAGCCAUUGCUAUAUAUGCCUUUGUUUUUCAUUAGCAAUAAAAAAGUCAACUAUGUA